AAUUUGUACUAUAAAGUUGAGCAAUGAUGUGAAGGAGCAACCUCAGCAUCCCUUAGAUUGCACUUUGCAUUUCCCCUUCCGAAAAAUCUAAUGGCUGAUCACAUACAGACAGGACAACAACUGGCGAACAAAGCGGAGAAAAAGCUCUUCUGUUGUUGCGCCUUGUUUGGCUCCAAUUAUCAAGAUGCCGCUGAACUCUUCCUUAAAUCCGCUAAAUCAUUCAAACUCGGAAAAUCAUGGGACAAAGCAGGUUCAAUCUUCAUCAAAUCAGCUAAAUGUCAUAUCAAGUUAGAUAACAAGUUUGAUGCUGCUAAAGCUUAUGUAGAUGCUUCCCAUUGUUACAAGAAAACAUCUACAAAAGGAGCUAUUACAUGCUUAAAUCAAGCAGUAACUAUUUUCACAGAAAUUGGUCAACACAUCAUGGCGGCAAGGUAUUGCAAGGAAAUCGGUGAGUUGUAUGAGCUUGAUAAAGACUUAGAGCAUGCUAAAUCAUAUUUUGAGAGGGCUUCGGAACUUUUUGAUUUUCGCGGGGAUGCAGCAACCUCUGUGAUCCAGUGUAAACAGAAAGUUGCACAAUUGUCUGCUCAACUUCAACAAUAUCAGAACGCAAUUAAGAUUUAUGAAGAUAUUGCACAACAAUCUCUGAGCAACAAUCUAUUGAAAUAUGGAGUCAGAGGGUAUCUUCUUAAUUCUGGCCUGUGCGAGCUUUGUAAAGGGGAUAUUGUUGCAAUUACCAACGCCUUGGAGCGCUAUCAGGACUUGGAUCCAACAUUCUCUAGAACUCGUGAAUACAAAUUUUUGGCUGAUUUGGCUGCAUCAAUUGAUAACGAAGAUGUUGCAAGUUUUACUCAAGUAGUCAAGGAGUUUGAAAGCAUAACCCACUUGGAGUCUUGGAAGUCAACCCUUUUAGCAAGAGUUAAGGAUGCUUUGGAAGCAAAAGUGAUGGAAGAGGAUGAUUUGACAUGAAUAAAUCAGAAUCGAAUUCUCAGCCGAUGAAGUAAUUCCAACUUUGUAAGUGUCAAUGGUAAGGAUAUAUUAAUCAAAUUACAUUGUAUUGUAUAGUGUUAAAACAACAACCUGGCUCAAAGUAAAAAAGUUAUGAAAACGCAAACAGAGAACACAUAUUAUUUGAUUACGAAGUUCGGUCAGUUUACGAAAUACAACUUGUGUUUAACUACUACAGUCUCGAGUGGUCUACACACUUACAGGACCAUUAGUAAUAGAUAGAUAAAUUGAGUUGUAUUUGAUGUUGUAUUCACAAUUCAUCAUUAAUAUAUGUAUUCAGUAUUUAGUGUUUCA